UUCAGUAUGUUGUUCGUUAGACUGAAAGCUGGAGUUGAUCAGUUUCUUUCAUUGCGAACCUUCUCCAAGUCGUCUCUCGUUUUCUCCGAUCUUGGUUAGGGUUCUUGCUCCAUUUGUUCUAGUCUAUGUGCUGAUUUGUUGAUAUUGAACCUCUAUUGUGUGACUAGAGAAGAGCCUCCGUAUAUCUUACUAUUCUUGGUCAUUAGUUGAAGUUUUUUAGUCGAUUCGUAAUUUUCCCGUGUUGGGUUUUUCACGUAAAAUUUGGUGCUGCUGUUGCCUUUGUCUCUUUAUUUACUCAUUCUGAGGUAGUAUUGUUGGAAUAAAUUGCUGGUGGUUGCUGGGUUAAGUUGAUUUUGGUCGAUUUAGUUUUGGGGAAAAAAUUGAUCCUCGAUUGGAUUAAUUCCCCGUUCUCCCCGACAGUUUCUGAUCUGAUUCACUCUCAAUAGGCAGCUGCAACUAGUACUACUAUAUGGGCUUGCUAGUGAUACAACUAACAGCAGCAAUCGAGAAUCUUCAUCCGCCGUACUGUGGCGACAGCACCACAUGCCGCGGACCAACAGCCGGCCAGAAGGCCUUCCUAUUUACCGGGUUUGGGCUGCUGAUUUUAGGGGCAGCCGGCAUCCGCCCCUGCAAUUUAGCAUUUGGGGCUGACCAAUUCAAUUCGGGGACCGAAUCAGAAAAGAGAGGGACCAACAGCUUCUUCAAUUGGUACUCCUUCACAAUCACUUCCGCGCAGAUGGUCUUGUUGGUGCUUAUCGUGUACGUGCAAUCGAACGUGAGCUGGGCGGUCGGGUUAUUGAUCCCGGCAAUUCUGAUGCUCACAGCAUGUGCAGCCUUCUUCAUGGGUUCGAAGAUAUACGUGAAAGUAAAAGCUCAAGGUAGUCCACUAGCGAGUGUAGCGCAGGUCAUCGUCGUGGCCAUAAAGAAAAGGCGACUUCCAACACCCGAGCAACCACCCUGGCUCUCUCUUCAUAAUUAUAUUACUCCAAAAACUAUCAACUCCAAGCUUCCCUACACAGAUCAAUUCAGGUGCCUCGACAAAGCAGCAAUCGUGACAGCUGAGGACGAGAAAAGGCCGGAUGCAUCGCCGGCUGAUCCAUGGAGACUCUGCAGCUUGCAGCAAGUGGAGGAAGUGAAAUGUAUUAUAGGAGUGAUGCCAAUUUGGGUAGCGGGUGUGUUCUAUUACCUUGUCAUCGUCCAACAACAAACCUAUGCAAUCUUCCAGGCCACUCAAAUGGACAGACGCCUCGGGAACACCAGCUUCAAGAUCCCAGCCACAUUGUUCGUCGUCUUCCUGAUGUUGAGCCUCACAAUCUUCAUACCCAUCUAUGACCAACUGAUCGUCCCAUUCCUCCGGAGGAUCACGGGGAAAGAAGGUGGCAUCACGCUCCUGCAGAGGAUGGGCAUCGGCUUGUUUUUUGGCGUGCUAACCAUGCUAGUUUCUGCCAUAGUGGAAGAGCGCCGAAGAUCAAUAGCUCUGACAAAGCCCCCUCUGGGGGAUGAUCCCAGACGGGGCGCGAUUUCAUCAAUGUCAGCCUUGUGGUUAAUCCUUCAGUUCACGCUCGCAGGCCUCACACAAGCAUUCUCAUCCAUCGGCCUUGUCGAGUUUUACUACAAGCAGUGUCCUGAGAACAUGAGGAGCAUCACGGGUUCUCUGCACUAUUGUGGCAUGGCGGUCUCAAGUUACUUGAGCAGUCUACUCAUAUGGAUUGUUGGCAAGAACACGAAAGGAGCGGAAGGCGGGAACUGGUUGCCGGAGGAUCUGAAUAAGGGAAGACUGGACUAUUUCUAUUACCUGAUUGCUGGAUUGGAGUUUCCGACCUUGGUAUACUUUCUAGUAUGUGCAAGUUGGCACAAGUAUAAAGGAACAGAUGAUGUUAGCCUUGAAGCAGACAUAGAAAUGAAGCAACACGAGCAGACUUAUGUUUGAAUUGUAGUCUCAGAGGAUCACAUCAUAUUAUCCAUCUCAUUGAAAAUGGGCCUCUCAUGCAGAUUUCUGUAGCAACCUGAUCUGAGAUUAGCCCUGGCUAUAGAAUGGAAGUUAUGGUCCACAUACCGUGAACCUAUUUAUGCAGUGGCUUUGUUUUAUAUGCACAACCAUUAUGAAUUUGAA